CGAUCGGUUCGAGAGCUUUUACAUCCUCGACUUCGUCCUGCACCGGCGGCCACUCUAUCCGUCUGACGGCGUUUAACGGAGCUGCUGCGAUGCUCUGGGUCGCCGAUGCGAUUCGCGUCUUUCUAUUGUGACGCGGCGAUAAAUCAUCAUCACCGUCAUCUUCGUCCCGAAAUGUACACCUCUGCGGCGGACGCCGACAUCGUCAUCGUCAUCGACACCAGACCUUCUUCCGUUCGCUUCCUGGGCUGAGCUGAUAGUGCGCCUGUGCAGCGGCUUGCGCGAUUCCAGGAUAGCCGCGAUUCUUUCCCCGUCACACCGGGGAGACCCUGACUUUGAAUAAACGCGCGCCGAACUCUCGAACUACGUUACACGGUUAUUGCGCUAUCGCCGAGUGACUAACGUCCAGGAGCAGUUACGCGGGUGAAAAUUAAAAAAAAAAAAAAAAAACAAAAAAAAAGCAUCGACUCCGUAAAGUGCAUCGAGUUUCUCGCCCGGCGUCGAAUCCUCGCCGACUGGUUUUAUAUCCGAAUCAUUCGAUUAUCACGGAUGAUUUACCGCAAAGUCAAGAACCCCGAGAGGGCGUGAAUCGGACCUUUACUCGCGCAGUAAUAAAGGCAGUGCCCUAGUUCUACUUGCGGAGCGCGUGUUUUCCCGCAGGCAUCAUUACUCAGUGCGCGAAGAACGAGCGAGCUGGCGAGCCAGAUGUCUAAGUUGUGUAUAGUUAUCUCAUAGAUCGCGCACCGCUCUACGGGAAGAUAAUAACAACACGUCGGAUAGGCGUAAGAUAAGAAGAUAAGUAGAUGAAUAGAUGGUCGGCGAGGUGAAGGGGGAGUCGAGAGUUGCCGGGAUGUCGUCGCGUUGCGCGGAUGUCAUGGUGCAGAGGCGCGUCGGCGCGUGAGUGUGUGACGUCGUCGUUCCGACGUCGAGACGCUGAUCCGUCGGUCCGUCGGUCCGUCGGGUUGAUAGGACGGAUAGGACGGGAACGGCUCGAGUCCGGGUUGGGGUGGCGUACGUGGCGUGCGCCGUCCCUGCUUGCGGGGCUGAAAAGCAAGUGCAGUGUGCCGAAAACGCGAGGUGGUUUCGUCGUCGGUCCCUGCACCUCGUACUCAUAACGGGCGACAGAGAAGGUGAGGGAAGGCGAGAAAGAGAGAAAGAGAAGGAGAGAGCUCGAAAAAGCUCGCCGGUCGUUGCGGUGCCGAGCGGCGAGGAAUCGGAGCGGAGAGCGACGCAGAUCGGCCGGAUCACCGGAGGAAGAGAGUUGGGGAGAAGAAACGCAGGAGAAAACCGUCACGCCAGCGAAACGAUUGUUCUCCUUCGUCUCCGGAGGAGCAACGAAGAAUCCGCUGAUUAUCCAUUUUUUUUUUUUUUUUUUUUUUUCCUCCGUACGCAUCUUCUCUCAUCCCUUGUCGCGACCCCCUUCGGCGUUACUAAUUUCAAUAUUUGCAACGCACGCACACCUACGCACACCCGCAAACGCACACGCACGCGUACGCAGCAGUGCGUUGAUAUGGUCAGCUGUGUGCGGACCGCGGUGUUGAAGAUACGCCGCUGUGAAAUAUCAGGAAAUGCGCCCUAGGCACAACGCGACGUUUAUCGACAGGGACACCCUACGGCAUCGAAAUGUUCGCGUACGGUUUCGAGAUCACAUAGGCAUGUAAUACAUUAUAAUCAAAUGUGCGGCGUGUGCCUUGUGUAAUUUCACGGUGAAAAUCUGGCGUAAACGGUGCCGCGGUGGGUCAGGGAUCAUGGCGUCGGUCUCGGCCGAGACACCAGCCAGCCAUGGGCACAGCUUCAGUAAGAAAACGUUUCACAAACCCACCUACUGUCAUCACUGCACGGACAUGCUCUGGGGCCUCUUACAGCAGGGGUACACCUGCGAAGUCUGCAACUUCGUGGUGCACGACCGCUGUCUCAAGACCGUCGUCUCUCCCUGCUCCAGCAUCGCGGCAAGCCUGAUCAAGAACCCGGUUGCACAUUGUUGGUCGGAACAAGUGCACCACAAAAGAAAAUUCUGCAAUGUAUGUCGUAAACGCCUCGAGGAUAGCCCAUCGAUUCACUGUGAGAUAUGCGAGUACUAUGUGCACACGGAUUGCCAGGAUUUUGCGGUUGCCGAUUGCAAGGAGAACGCGACUUACCUGCCAGGGAAGGAUUUAGCUUCGGUGCGUCACACCCAUCAUUGGCGGGAAGGGAAUCUUCCCAGCAAUUCGAAAUGCGUGGUAUGCAAGAAGACUUGCUGGUCGGCGGAAUGUCUUUCUGGAUAUCGGUGCGAGUGGUGUGGCAUGACGUCGCAUGCCUACUGCCACAAGAACAUACCGCCGGAGUGCACGUUUGGAAAUUUGGAGCCAAUAUACCUGCCUCCGCAUGCAAUCAGUAUACCUCGCACCGAGGUCCCUAUGGAGGCGAUCAUUGGGGUCCAGGUGCGUCGCAAGGAAGUUCUCGCGCGUGAGUAUUCUUGCCAUUACACUGGAGAGCAAUUCGAUUUCGCUGAGAGUGAACAAAUUGGGGGCGAAGGCCACCUUGCCGCAGCUUUGAGGCGCCUUUCACUAGUUUUGCAUCGUAGCUGCCAUGGAAAUUGUCAUGCUUCCCCUCCUUAUGUUCGAGCACGUAAUAUUUCAGAGGAAUUCAGCAGCGGAGACGCUCGGAAUCGAGACAAUGAUGAACCGGCGCAGCAAAGCGGUGCUCACAGCCGGGAUUCCAGGCCCCAGAAAGAAAAGGACGACAGAGACGAAGAGAUGAUCAAAGUUUACGAUGGCAAUAUUUCUGCGAGGCGUCGGAUAUUUCGAGUUAUCAACGUCCCUCGUCAAGCCAGUAUCGACCAGGUCCUCACCAUAGCUCUAAGAGCAUUCCACAUAACGAAAGAUCUGAAAAACUUUUACCUAACUGACUUGUACGCCGCCGACGAAGCUCGUUUGUGUGAUCCAACACCCAUUAAUAACUUACAGCGGAAGGAAGGCAAGCGUCCGGCUGUCUUUCUGCGUUUUAAGGACAACGAGUGUGGCGAGGUACGAGUCUACCCAGGUAAACUUCAGGUGUCUGAGGCAUUCUGCAACGUCCCUGUUGACGAAGGAAGUACCGUCACCGAUCUUAUUCGGGAAGCUCUUCUUCGGUUUGGACUUGAAAAUUUCAAAUGCGAGGAAUAUCGCUGCAGCGAGAUUUUACUGGAUCGUGGUGUAGUUACGGAACGGGUGCUGUCCUGGAACGAAAAACCUUGGGACAUCGUAAAGCUACUUGGAAAGGACUCGAUCCGUCAAAUGGAAUUGAUGAGGUUUUACCUUCAGUUGAAACAAGAUCCUCACGGGCCGAAUCUGGCGUUAUUUGUCGGCAAUCUUCCACCCAAUCUUUCAGAACGUAAUUAUGAGAAUAUGUUGACGGAGUUCUUGGGUAAAGAAAAUAAAUUUUCAUCCAUUGGCCCAAUUUAUUACGAGUAUGGAUCAAUGGUGAUUAUAUACGAGGAUUCAAACAAGGCCGUAAAGGCAUUGUACACAUUGCGCGAAUCAAAAUACGAAGACAAACACCUUUUAGUAAUGCUUCUGCCCAGCAUCGAGCCGAGUAUGGUACCGCCUGGUGUUCAACCUCUACUUGUAUUUGUAAAUGUCAAGUCUGGUGGAUGUCAGGGUCUGGAAUUAAUUUCCAGUUUUCGAAAGCUUUUGAAUCCAUACCAAGUGUUCGAUCUGGAUAACGGAGGCCCCCUUCCCGGACUGUACGUUUUUCGGCAUAUAAGAAAUUACAAGAUUCUUGUGUGCGGAGGCGACGGAACAAUAGGCUGGGUAUUGCAAUGCCUUGAUAACGUUGGCCAAGAUAGCGAGUGUUCUUCGCCGGCAUGCGCAAUUGUUCCUUUGGGAACUGGCAACGAUUUGGCAAGAGUUUUGCGCUGGGGUUCCGGGUACACGGGUGGAGAAGAUCCGCUGAGUUUAUUGCGGGACAUCAUCGAUGCCGAGGAAAUAAAGUUGGAUCGAUGGACGGUGGUUUUCCACCCGGAAGAUAAGGAGGAUAAAUCUCAGCAAGUUCCCAAUGCCGCAGUUGCUGGUUCAACGAGCGAAGAUAAUACCCAAAUAUUUGUAAUGAACAAUUACUUUGGUAUCGGAAUCGACGCCGAUCUGUGUUUGGCCUUUCACAAUGCGAGGGAAGAAAAUCCAAACAAGUUCAACAGUCGAUUCCACAACAAGGGAGUAUACGUUAGAAUGGGAUUGCGCAAGAUGGUCGGUCAGAAACUCUGUAAAGACUUGCACAAGCAAAUACGAUUAGAAGUCGACGGAAAACUAGUAGAAUUACCGCAGGUCGAAGGCAUCAUUAUACUGAAUAUUUUGAGUUGGGGCUCUGGCGCUAAUCCGUGGGGUCCGGAGAAAGAGGAUCAGUUCAACAAACCGAAUCACUGGGACGGGGUGUUGGAAGUAGUUGGAGUUACAGGUGUGGUACACCUGGGACAAAUACAGUCUGGUCUUCGCUCCGCUAUGAGAAUAGCUCAAGGUGGACAUAUAAAAAUUCAUCUACACUCAGACUUGCCAGUUCAGGUAGACGGAGAACCCUGGGUUCAGAGUCCAGGCGAUGUUGUAGUCCUGAAGUCUGCGUUGAAGGCAACCAUGUUGAAGAAAAAUAAGAUCAAGCGUCGGAAUACCGAACCGUCGAUUCUACCUGCUAAUGGGGAGGGGGGCAAGAGCACGGACGAGUAAAUCAACCAUUCUGCAGCUUGCAACUAGUCAGUUGUUUGAUCAUUCGUUGUAAGGUGCGCGAUCCCUACCUAGACUCCUCCGUGCGUAUAUAAAAUAUACAUGUAUAUAUACAUAUAUAUAUAUAUAUAUAUAUAUAUACACAUACCUAAUACAUACAUAUAUGUAUAUUAAUAAUGCGCGCAAUGCACGGGAGGGGAGUUUCGGAGUGAUCCCACUGAUAAAAACGUCAGACAGACCUCUCGUACGAAGAUUGUUCCUCGGCGCAUGCAACCCUUUCACUCCACAUCCGAAUCUUACCAAUUGCCCAACGCAGUUUAUGCUUUCCGUAUUUUAUCGAUUAGCCAUGCAUUCUUCCAAUUAGUAAAUAUUUUAGCUUUAACUAUGUAAAUUUAUUUCAUUUUUUCUCGAUACUUCGUUUACAUAUUUGUCGAAUUAUUAUUAUUAUCAUCAUUAUUUGAAACAAAAAAAAAAAAAAAAAAAGAGCAAACUCAUAUUAUUGUUAUUAUUAUUAUUAUUAUUAUUAUUAUUAUUAUCAUCACUAUCAUUAUUAUUGCAUAUAAUUAUCAAUUCUGGUGUUGUGAACGAAACCGCUAUUUUCUUCGACAUUCGCAUUGACAAUUGUUAUCGAUCGAUCGUUCGUUCGUUCGUUCCUUUGUGCAUCCUCCUGAUCCUAUCCCUUCCUAGGCCACGAUGCUGAAGAAGGUGAAGAGUAAAAUGAAGAGGCGAAAUACAGAGCCCAGCAUGCAGUUAGCGCUUCAAGCUGGACCCUCGAACGAUCCGGAUAUCGAGAACUUCUGAAUCAACGCUUCUUAUCGUACGCACGGAGCUGGAUCGUCGACGAGUAUUAUUUCGCUACAUUAACAUACCUAUACAUUAAUAAAAUCGAUCACAGAUUCAAUUGUGAUUUGAACGGCCUCGAUACGUGCUGUCGUCAAAAAACGGUUACGCUAUUGUUAAACUACACGCAUAAGUACUUAAUAAUAAUAUAUAUAUAUAUAUAUAAAUAUAUAUAUGUGUGUAUACAGACACAUGCAUAUAUACGUAUACAUAUAUUCAUAAACGCAGUUCCGAACACAUCUUUGAUGCUGCAAGAAGGAGACAUGAAAUAGAUAAGAAUUUUCAAGUGAAGACGCCACACAAAAACUUGACGAAAAUUCAGUGCUAGUUAAUUUCUGUUCACGCGUUAUUAGAAGUGAAAUAGAUCUCAUUUUUAAAUGUUAAAUCAUAGUGCCGUAUGUAUUUUAUCGAUAAAUAUUUUUUUAGUAAGAUUACGAAUAGAUCGUACUUAAUAAUGUUAUUACAAAAUGUUAACCAGUAUUCAAUUGAGAAGCGUCACAAUGCUUACCGCUUACAACAUUAAUUUGCAUUUAUGUUCAUACAUAUAUAUAUAUAUAUAUAUAUAUACAUACAUACAUACAUAUAUAUAUAUAUAUAGUUUGUUAGUUGAAAAAAAAAGUAAACUGUAAUGUAUAUUACGUUUCGUAUGGUAUUUUACCAAGCUAUCGCAAUGUGAAGGCCCGCAAAUUCGUGUGUCGGGAUGCAGCAAACACAUAAAAAUGGAGAAAAAAGAGUCAGUUGUUAUUAAUAUAUUAUUAUAUGAAAUAUUUACAAACUAAAUAUUAAUAUAUAUAUAUAUAUAUACAUAUAUAUAUAUAUGUAUAUAUUUACAUAAUAUUGUAUUAGUAUUACGAUUUUAAUUUUGUGAUUGUUGUCAAUCUGACUGCCGGGCAGUCUGGAAUUUAUAUAUAAAACCAGUUGCAGUCAGAGUUUCCUAGAAAACGUGAAUAAUAAAUUUGAAAGAAAAAAAAAAGUUAAUUUUAAAUAAGUAAAUUAAAUGAAAAUUAUGUAAUUUCGGUAGAGCUGAAUACGGGCACAGCUUCUUUUUGCCAAUUCGUCUCUUAAAAUUUACAUUAACUCAGCGUACAAACUAUCUAAACGAGGAUGUUGACGAGGCGUCUUGGCAAUGUCGAAAUAUCUGACUCUUGCAAAUUACUAUAAGUAUAAUUAUUGAGAAGUUCGCGCGAGUCUCUAUGGUAGAUAACACAUUCCACUAUAAUGUGGCAAAACCACCAUGUACAUUUAUAAAACCUAUGCCAAAGAAAGAAAGGAAGAAAGAAAAAAAAACAAAGUAAAGAAAAAAUAAUUCAAUAAUUAAUAAUCUUAUCUUACCGUUGAAAAAAAACCUGGUUACGGUAUUAUAUCUAUUCAAUUAUUACAAAUUACUACGGUAAUAUGAAUACGACAACGUUUUAUGCCCCUGAGCAAGUUCUGCAGCACAGGUAUAGUGGAUCAAUUUAAAGAGAGAGUACCAAUGGGACUAUAAAUUCAGUGACUUGUUGAGAUGGGCGAAAGCAAUCGAAACAAAAAGGCCGAUGUGUUGGCAGGAUUCGUUUGAAGUGGAUGUGUGUUGGCAUCAUCCAGAUCGGAAGGACAAUUCUGGUGCCAAACAGAUGUAUAUAAUAUAUAAAGAUAGUGGAUAGACGAUUUUGAGUUAGCGGUAUAAUUGAUUGGCAAAGAAACAGACGGAAUAAAAUAUAUAUAUAUAUAUACAUAUACAUAUGUAUACACAGAAAUACAUGUAUAUGUAUAUAUAUUAAGUAUGUGGGUGAAGGACAGUGAAAGUUUCAACGUAACCGUAAUUAAUAAAGUAGAAGGGACUCACUUGAACUGUGCUGCGACGCUCGGGUCGGCAAUGAAAUGCUUUCGAUGAACGACGGCGUACAUCAAAGCUGAAAAAAAUUUCGAAAUGAAUAUGAUGAGGGGGGGGGGGGGGG